AUGCGAUAUUUUCCGGAUUUUUCUAACGAAAGUUGGAAAUAUACGCUAACAAGUUGUCCAUUCAGUGCUAACGUAGACACAUUGCCGGAUACAUUUCAAGAACAGGCAAUCGAGCUGAAGAACGAUUCACGCGCAAAAAUUGAAUUUAAUAGUGGCAGCUCUUUGGAAGAGUUUUGGGUAAAAUACCAACCCAUUUAUCCUGAAAUUUCAAAUGAAGCCUUACAAGUCCUUGUACAAUUUUCAUCGACUUAUUUAUGUGAAUCUGGGUUCUCCAGCUUGGCCAUUAUAAAAACCAAACAUAGAAAUCGCUUGGAUGUCGAAUCUGACUUGAGGUGUUCUUUAUCAAACAUCGAGCCGAACUUUAAAAAAUUGUCCAAAGAAAAGUGUUGUCAGCCUUCACAUUAA